AUGGUAUUCACACAAGUGGUAUCCAUCAAAGACAAAGCACCUGGAACCAAAGUAUACAACUAUGCUGAUUCAUUCUGGUGUACAUAUGUUGUGUCUGUGGUGGCUGCCAGUGUUGCAGAAAUAUUGACAUACCCAUUGGAUUUGACCAAGACCCGUCUGCAAAUACAAGGCGAAGUAGCUACAAGCAGUAAACCUACACAAUAUAGAGGCAUGUUAAAGACGGCUAUCGGCAUUGUCAAUGAAGAAGGUGCACUAAGAUUAUGGCAAGGUGUGACGCCCGCACUCUAUAGACAUGUAGUGUAUUCUGGUAUUAGGAUUGUAUCGUACGAAACCAUGCGUGAUAAAUUAUUAUUAAAAAAUGAAGAUGGAUCAUUUCCAAUUUGGAAAUCGGCCAUAAGCGGAGUCAUGUCUGGUGUUAUUGCUCAGUAUGUUGCUAGUCCAGCUGAUUUGAUCAAAGUUCAAAUACAGAUGGAAGGCAAACGACGUCUGAUGGGAGAGCCUACUAGAGUGUCAAGUACAGCACAUGCAUUCAAAAAAAUAGUGUCUGAAAGUGGUGUUCGUGGUUUGUGGAAAGGUUCAAUACCCAAUGUACAACGUGCUGCUCUUGUAAAUCUUGGUGAUUUGACUACUUAUGAUACAGCUAAGCAAGUAAUUAUGCAUAAAACUGGAUUACCUGAUUCACAUCUACUGCAUUGCCUUUCUAGUAUAUGUGCUGGAUUAGUAGCAGCUACAUUAGGAACUCCAGCAGAUGUUGUCAAAACACGUGUUAUGAAUCAACCAACUGACAAAAAUGGAAUUGGUUUGAUAUACAAAGGAUCUUUAGACUGCUUGAUUAAGACUAUUGAAAAUGAAGGGUUUUUUGCUCUUUACAAAGGAUUUUUACCUGUCUGGAUUAGAAUGGCACCCUGGUCAUUAACUUUUUGGAUGAGUUUUGAACAAAUACGCCAUAUGCUUGGUGCUACUGGAUUUUAG